GAUUCAGACCCAAGAAACCAGGUGACCCAAGUUACAGUGAUUGUAAUUGUCACAGGCUCACAGAAAGGAUUAGGAUCCAGGUACAGAGGUCACAACAGAGAGGUAGAGGUAAGUAAAAUAAUGUAAAAAUUUUACAGAAAAUUUAAACCAAUAAAACAAAAACAAUAAACAAGGAAAUACAAGGAGCACAGGAAGCAAAAACUAGACCGGCUGACCAGCAGAGGAGAACAUGCAAGAACACACAAAGACCAUGCACUUCACUGAAGAAAAGCAGGAACUUAAAUACAAUGAGACACAUGCAGAAAAUCACUGAAAAUGAGCAGACAUGCAGAGUGAAUAAUCAAUUAUCCAAUUACAACCACAGUUAGCAGGCACGAGACACGAAACACAGGGAAUGCACAGGAAAACAGAAGGCAGAAAGCGACGAGUUCUCCGCCACAGCUUAGCGUUACUCCACAAACAUGCCCUCUGACGAGCAACUCUGUGGUGAAGCGGGCCAGCUAACUGUAUGCUUCCACUGGGUGAACAAGAGUGACGGGAGGUUGUCCGCAGAAGAUUGAGAGAAGGUGUAGCGGGUUGGCUGCAGGACAUUAACCCAGAAUGAAUGAAAUGGAGCUGUCCAACUUCACCUUCCUCAAUGGCUCUGAGGGGAAUGACACUGAGCCGCUGUUGCCUGAAAGCCCAUACAAGACUGUGGAGGUGGUGUUCAUUGUCCUGGUGGCUGGCUCCCUCAGUCUGGUCACCGUCAUUGGCAACAUCCUGGUCAUGCUUUCCAUAAAGGUCAACAGGAAUCUGCAGACCGUCAACAACUACUUCCUCUUCAGCCUUGCAUGCGCAGACCUGAUCAUUGGGCUUUGCUCCAUGAACUUGUACACAGUGUAUAUUGUUAUUGGCUACUGGCCCCUGGGGCCCGUGGUGUGUGACCUAUGGCUGGCCCUGGACUAUGUGGUUAGCAACGCCUCGGUCAUGAACCUGCUCAUCAUCAGCUUUGACCGUUACUUUUGCGUUACCAAACCGCUCAGCUACCCAGUCAAAAGAACCACCAAGAUGGCGGGCAUGAUGAUCGCAGCGGCCUGGGUCCUGUCCUUCAUCCUGUGGGCCCCGGCCAUCCUCUUCUGGCAGUUCAUUGUGGGCGGCCGGACCGUGCCAGAGAGGGAGUGCUACAUCCAGUUUUUCUCCAACGCCGCAGUCACCUUCGGCACGGCUAUUGCCGCCUUCUAUCUGCCCGUCAUCACCAUGUCGGUGCUGUAUUGGCAGAUCUCCAGAGCCAGCAAGAGCCGCGUAAAGAAGGACAACAGGAAGCCCUCCGGGGCCAACCAGGAGGCCCUGUCCCCCAGUCACGUGCGGAGCCACAUCAGCAAACCAAACAAUAACAACGUGGCAGCCGAGGACACGGACAGGAGCCAGGUCCAGAACACGGAGAGCCUAGCCAACCAGCAUGACGGCAAGCUGCAGAAUGGCAAGGGCCCGUCCAACACAAGCGGGGAAGGGGAAGGGGAAGGGGAGGGGGAGGAAGGGGUGACAGAGAACUGCACGCUGGCCGAGGAGAAGGAAAGCUCCAACGACUCCACCUCUGGCAGCGCGGCCGCAUCCAACCUAAAGGACGAGGAGCCAGCGCAGGCCAGGAAAAAUUGCCAUGCCAAUGCCAAUGCCAUCCCCAGCCCACUGCCCAUACGCACCCGUGCCAAGGCAGGGGGAUCCAAGCUGACCUGCAUCAAGAUCGUGACCAAGUCGCCCAAAGGUGACUGUUACAACACAGCCAACACCACGGUAGAGAUUGUCCCUGGUGCUGACAAGCAGAACUUGGUGACACGCAAGAUUGUCAAGAUGACCAAGCAGCCGCCUAAGAAAAAGAAAGCCGCACCAUCGCGUGAGAAGAAAGUCACCCGCACCAUCAUGGCCAUCCUGGUGGCCUUCGUGGUCACCUGGACACCCUACAAUGUCAUGGUGCUCAUCAACACCUUCUGCUCCAGCUGCAUCCCCAACACCGUCUGGACCAUCGGCUACUGGCUCUGCUACAUCAACAGCACCGUCAAUCCUGCCUGCUACGCCCUCUGCAACGUCACCUUCAAAAAGACCUUCAAACACCUUCUGCUCUGCCAAUACAAGAACAUUAGGUCAGCCAGAUGAAUGGACAUAUACAGGUUUAUUCUCUUGUUUUUUUUUCUUCCUUUCCUUUCUUUAUUUUUCAUUUUGAUAUCCUGUUGUAGCACUUUACACAAAUGCAACUGCAACCAAGUGUGGAGAGUUUGGUUGUUGCAGACUUUUUUACCACAGUGCAUAGAAGAUGGCGGAAAGGGUAGAUAAAAAAAAAAAAGAUCUUGAAACAUUGAAAAUGACUGAGACUGACGAGUCUGGAAGGUACAUCAUAGCAGGAAAAAACAAGCAUCAUCUUAUAAAAUAGCACAAAUAAAAGCAUGAAAGAAAAAAUAAUAUGAAGCACCAGGGAAACCUAUUUAUAACUGCUCAGAGGUGAUCAGUUUAUGCUCAUAUAUGAAGUGGAAUUCUGCAACGGCAGCACAACAUGUGUCUGCUGGAAUACAGCUGAGAGAAGCACAGACUGGUGAGUGUACAGAAAACCAAGGAACGCCAGAACAGAAUUGGAGAGGUUUGGAAUAGUAAGGGGCUUUCAAACAGGAAACUUCUGCACUGCUAUAUAAAACACAAAAUUCAAAAGGGAAAAUAGGGCUGACUGAAUAUACAAAUACAAGCCCCUGUGUUUGUUAUUCAGUAUAAAACUAAAUCCCUGUAUAUAUGUGUACAUAUCUUUAAAAAAAUAUUGUGCAUGUAUGCGUGUGUGUAUGUCUGUCCGUGUGAGUGUGCUUGUGCACUCGUAAGAGAGAGAAAGAUAGCGAAAGAUACCGAGAAAUCGUUCAAGAGUGUCUGAAACGAUAGGGAACUUUGUUUAUUGACUAUAUCAUUGGGAAGGUGGACAGGUAAAGGUGAAUGUAGCUGCUAGCUUUUCUUCCUGCGGGGCCAACCUGUGCGUUAGCGUGACUUCCAGUCCAACAGCUGGCCAGUGCGCUUCCAGGAGCCCCUGUAGUGUAGUCACAUGCAGGUGCUAUGGUAUGGUAACACACCUCCAGGGAUGACUCAUUCAGUUCUCUCAAAGGGACUGCCAGUAGUGAUGAAGAGAUAAAACAGCAUUUUCAAUCAAAUUUCUUUUUUUAAAGAGAGUGCAUUAGAUUCAGUGGUUUCAGACCAGUUUCACACUUCACUUUUCACUUUUAUUUCAAGAACAAAUGUAAUCAGCCAGAUCCUGUCUUUUGUAUUCAAUGUAAUUACAUAUGCGGUAAUGUAAAAAAAAUAAGUAAAUGAUGAAAAUCAGCAAUCAUAAAAUCUGCACAUGAAAAUCACAGCAGUGAUGAAGGAAUGAAGCUUCAUAGCAAAAUGAUGAAAAAAGCUAGUAUGUGCCAUGAGUAAAUCACUGAUUGAACUAAUAUUUUUUUAUUACACACAGCAAAUUCUUUUUAUUUAUUUACGUCAGUAAUUGACGCUAUAGGGUCCUGUAGCUACAUCAAUUGCAGGAUUCAUGACUCCUUAAUCUCCCAUCACUGUUAACAGGAAUCAUUUUGCAUAUAAUUAUUGACAUAAUUCUAUGCAGUUCUUGCAGGGCCGGCCUAGGGCAGCCAGGGGGUGUGUGGAGGGGGGGUUGCCAAAUGGGUCCACAAUUGCUUUUUACAGCAUACACAACCUAACAGCCCAUCCACCUACAGUAAGGUGGCUAGAUCUGUGUCCGAGGUUUUGUCCCAGACAUCAGAGUAACGGUGUAAGGUAGCUACUCAAUUUGUGAUUUUAGGGUUACAAUGACAAAUUACUCCCUGCAGGAAAAGGUUCUGCCUUUCUAAAAAAAAUUCAAGGUAGAUAUGUAGGCCCAAACCUAGAAAAGGAAAAAAAAUAUAUAUGAUGAAAAUAACUUUUCUUUAUUUUAUUGCUUUUUACAUUUUUCAGUGGCACAAAAGUUAUCACAGGAGGAUCACCAUCAGUAUCAAUAUUUACAUUUUUUAUGCUCUGUACUCUGAUGCCUAAGGCUUGUUUUAUUUUUUGUAACAUUUGUAAAUAACAGCAGGUGACAGGGUGACUUUUAGGCGCUUCAGGCAUCAGGUUUACCCCUGGAAUCCUUUUUAUAUUUCUGUGUGAAAGCUCAUUGUUUCUGUGGGCGCUUGGACUUCCACUUGGUAAAGAGAUGUUUGAAAGAGUUUCCUCUUCACCAGAGCUGACUCAUCAGAGCGCUAGCUAUUCAUCAGAAAGUUAGCUCUUCAUUGAGGUAGGUCUUCUUCAGUGGCUGACAUUUUCCUCAGAUAGUUAACUCUUCAUCAGAGAGCUAACCCUUUAUCAGCAAGUUAGUUCAUCAUUAGAGAGAUAGGUCUUCAUCAGCGAGUGACCUCUUCAUCAGAGAGUUGACUCUAGAUCAGAGUUAGCUUUUCAGUGAUACAGACAGGGUGUACAUUCUGUUUUUGAACAGGAAUUUACCCUGGAAAGAUUAUGGCAAUAUUCUGUUCAUUCUCAAAAUGGACUGAAAGACACUACUGUUUAUACGCAAUAUGUACAUGCAUUUUGCCUCUGCCAGGAGGCGAUGUGAAAUGGGAAACUGUUAGUUUGAUUACAGUUCAAUAAAAUAUUAGUAGCAGAUACUGUAAUCAUGAGAAUCUGUAGAUAAUAUUAAGACAGUGUAUCAUAUUUUCCUGAAUGUGAAAAUAAUAAUUCAAUAUAAGGAGCACCUCUCACCUUUCUUAAAUCUCAAAAGCAAUGUGAAUGCAUGCUUGUGUUGUUACCCUGGUACAGGGUUAAUUCUUAUUUGCAGACUAUACUGUCUGGUAAAUUAAAAGGGCUACUAUAUGUUGUUGCGUAAGGUGUUGUAAGUCUAGACUUAUUAUUAUUAUUAUUUUUUAAACAAAAUCCUUCAUAUUACAUUCAUACCACAGUUUUGUAUAAAUAUGCUGUCAUUUCCAUGUGUACAUGAAACCCCAUUAAACCCAUCAGAUUUCAAUCUGCAGUCAUUUCAUUUUCAUCUUAUUUCCAUUUGCAAUCAAGCCCGUUGGCUUUUAUGGCCUUCAAAGAAUAAAAGCCUUGUUCAAAGAUAUUAGACAUUAAUAAUCACCUGCUUCCCACCGUAAGACCAUUCAGUUCUUUUGUUUCAUAGAUGUUCUUUUAAAAAAAUCUAUAUCAACGCCCGCAAAUAAACGUCAGUGAAAAAGACAAGCAAACAGAGUACAAAAGACUGGAGAUGAAAUGUAGCCAGCCAGCAAAGGGAGAAGAACAGGCUUUUCUCUUCUUCUCCGUCAGACUUUGGAGGUAUAGCAGGAAGAAAAGCUCUGCUUGAACUGAACUAUUAGAGUCUGAUGAGGAGCACCUGCAGGGGAGAUGAAAGGCACACGUUGUACACCCUAUCUACACGCGCCGUGCCCAAGUUCUGAGCGACGUUCGCUUCCAUCUUAAUCCCAUUAGGCGUGACUCUCCGUACGUCUUAUCAUUGUUUAAGCAGGCAUGAACCUCUCUGGGUGAAUAUUAUAUUUGCCUUUCCCGUCUCCGUCUCUCUUCCUCUCCCUCGCACUCACGCGUACAGUCGCAUAUAUUGUCGUAUGUGAACACACGUGUAUACACAGAGGAAGAAUAAGCCGUUAUUUGAUUUUUAUCGAGCUUAAGUGGUGAAUUUAGAAGCUUAAAAAGCCCAAACGGUCAAUAAGGUGUGUGGUGCGGUCCCUUGGGCAGCUGACUCUGAAGCAAUAUGUGCAGUCAGGGGUUCGGUCCCCUGCCAUGGCACUUUCUGCACCAAGAUCUCUUUUCUGUCAGCUACCAUGUCUGCUUCCCUUUUAAAUACACGAACAUUGGAGGCAUCGUGUAUAUAAACUAUGAAAGAGAUAUAUACAUAUGAAACACAUUUAAUGAAUCGUCCACAAUUU